AAGUUAUGUAGGUUGUUUCACUGAGUUGCCUAGUUUUAUAGUCUCUAACGGAUUAAAAUGGUGGGCAGCACAUCAGCAUGCUUGAGAAAUGACAGCUGUUGGCUUGACUGGGGGAACAGAAACAGACAGACAAGCUGCAGUCUACAGAAGAGCGGCAGUCUGACAACAGUUUGAGUGGGUGCAGACAGUCCCUAUACUCGGCAAGGCUUAUUGAUGAUGGUGAAGUCAGCCGUUGCAGUCACAAGAGCUGUUAGUAAUAGGAAGGGCCUAGACUAGGGUGGAGACCCAGGUCUUACCCUGAUGUCCACUAACAACUAGAUGUAACUUAUUGUUUGACCUCUCAGAGCAGCGUUUCUCAACCUGUGGGUGAGACCCCUUCGGGGGUCGAACAGCUCUUUCACAGGGGUCACAAUCUGUAUGUCAGCUUUUACAUUAGAAUUCAUUAACACUGGAAAAUCACAAAUUAUGAAGUAGCAACAGAAAUAAUUUUAUGGUUGGCCGUGUUCACAAUGACAGUUAGGCAGCAUUAGGAAGGUUGAGAAAGAACCACAGUCUUAGAGCUUUGGUUUGCUUUCUGAUCUGCAGAGUUCUAGGCUGAGCUUGAUUUCUCAUGAAAUUUUUUAUUAAAAUUGCAUUCAAUAUAAUUCACUUUUAAACAUUGUCGUUGCUGGUUUAUGCAGGAGUCCUUGGCUGAGUUGACAGUCCUGCUUUAAUCGUUGACAGGUAGGAUUUAAGCGGUGGCGAGGUUCCCUGGGAGCCACUGACCGGGAAGAACUGUACCCAUGUCUAGCAGUGCCAGUUUACAGGACUUUGUCUUCUUUCUUCCACUUAACCAACAUGUACCAAGUGCCAGCCACGUGGGAAGACUGCUGGGCACAAGAACACAAAGGCCUUUAAGUGCUGUCCUGUCCUUGAGGGCUCCGUAUAGUGGCCAUUACUGUACCAUGCUGCUCCGUAGAUCAGUGGGUGCCAACGACAAAAGCUGUGCCUCAGCGUUGUUGAGGCUGAUGCAGGCACAUGAUGCUUCAACAGACUUUUGGGUGUGAGCGCAAAACUGAUCCGCCAUUUAUAGCAUUGUUUCUAUGGGAAUGUGUGUUUCAGGUUCCAAAUAACUUAAAAAUAAGUUUUGGAACAUUAUCCAAUUAUAAAUUCAGAACUUCCUGUUCUAAGUACUGAAUUUAAUAGCCAGCCAGAAUGCCUGGUUUAAAUAGUGAACAGUAUUUUUUUUUUCCACUUGUCGCUUAAGUGGCUCAAAGUAAAUAAAACCUUUUAUCUUGAGGAAUCUCUGUAACCGGUUAUUCCCACAACUGUCUCUGUCCCUGUGUAGCCCUGCUUCGUGGAACUGCUGGGAUUAAAGGUCUCAUCAGUAGAAGAUGGCGAAGCCCAGCCACAGCAGCUAUGUCCUUCAGCAGCUGAACAACCAGAGAGAGUGGGGCUUUCUCUGCGACUGCUGUAUAGCGAUCGACGACAUUUACUUCCAAGCACACAAAGCCGUCCUAGCUGCUUGUAGCUCCUACUUUCGGAUGUUUUUCAUGAACCAUCAGCAUAGUACUGCACAGCUGAAUCUCAGCAACAUGAAGAUAAGCGCAGAGUGUUUUGACCUCAUUUUGCAGUUCAUGUAUUUAGGAAAGAUUAUGACUGCUCCUUCCAGUUUCGAGCAGUUCAAAGUGGCCAUGAAUUACCUCCAGCUGUACAACGUUCCUGACUGCCUAGAAGACAUACAGGACUCGGAUUGCUCUAGCUCAAAAUGCUCAUCUUCUGCCUCCAGCAAACAGAAUAGCAAGAUGAUUUUUGGGGUAAGAAUGUAUGAAGACACGGUGGCUAGGAAUGGCAGCGAAGCCAGCAGGUGGUGUGCGGAGCCCAGUUCAACGGUGAAUACGCCGCACACCAGAGAGCCCGAGGAAGAGUCCUUACCGAUAGCAAGCUUUCCUGAGCCGCUGUUUGAUGUGUGCAAAAAGAGUUCUGUGUCCAAACUAUCUGCUCCCAAGGAGCGUGUGUCCCGACGCUUUGGACGGAGCUUUACCUGUGAUAGUUGUGGAUUUGGCUUCAGCUGUGAAAAAUUGCUGGAUGAGCAUGUGCUGACCUGUACUAACAGACAUUCGUACCAGAACACAACAAGAGCUUACCACCGGCUAGUGGAUAUCCGAGACGGGAAGGACGGUAGCAUCAAAGCUGAACUCGGCGAAAAGGAGUCUUCCAAAACGUUUUCUGCACAGACAGACAAAUACAGAGAAGACUCGAGCCAGGCGCCUGAUGAUUCAGCUUCGACCACUGCGAGCAGAAAAGGCACAGUGGAGUCUGGGCUAGCUGGUGAAGAAAAAAGUAGAGCUGCUGAGACGAAAAGAAUUAUCAUCAAGAUGGAGCCAGAAGAUAUUCCAGCGGAUGAGAUGAAAGACUUCAACAUUAUUAAAGUCACUGACAAAGACUGCAAUGAAUCCACUGACAAUGAUGAAUUAGAGGAUGAACCUGAAGAGCCGUUUUACAGAUACUAUGUUGAGGAAGAUGUUGGCAUUAAAAAAAGUGGUAGGAAGACCCUAAAACCUCGGAUGUCCAUAAGCGUGGAAGAAAGAGGUGGUUUAGAGAACAUGAGACCCCCUAACAGCAGCAGUCCAGUACAGGAGGACACGGAAAACGCUUCCUGUGAGCUGUGUGGACUGACGAUCACUGAGGGGGACCUGUCAUCCCACUACUUAGCCAAACACAUCGAGAAUAUCUGUGCGUGCGGUAAAUGUGGACAGAUCCUUGUCAAGGGCAGACAGCUUCAGGAGCAUGCUCAGAGAUGUGGAGAGCCCCAGGAUCUGACAGUGAAUGGGCUAGGGAACGCUGACGAGAAAAUGGACAUGGAGGAGAACCCCGACGAGCAGUCUGAGAUAAGAGACAUGUUUGUGGAAAUGCUAGAUGAUUUCAGGGACAAUCAUUACCCAAUAAACAGUAUCCAGAAAAAACAGUUAUUUAAACAUUCUGCUUGUCCUUUUCGGUGUCCUAAUUGUGGCCAGCGUUUUGAAACUGAAAAUUCAGUGGUGGAACAUAUGUCUAGCUGCCUAGAACAAGAUAUGUUCAAGAGCGCCAUCAUGGAAGAAAAUGAAAGAGAUCACAGACGAAAACAUUUUUGUAAUCUGUGUGGAAAAGGAUUCUACCAGCGGUGUCACUUGAGAGAACACUAUACUGUUCAUACUAAGGAGAAGCAGUUUGUUUGUCAGACAUGUGGAAAGCAGUUUCUAAGAGAGCGUCAGUUGCGUCUGCAUAAUGACAUGCACAAAGGCAUGGCCAGGUAUGUCUGUUCCAUUUGUGAUCAAGGAAACUUCCGAAAGCAUGACCACGUACGGCAUAUGAUUUCCCAUUUAUCUGCUGGCGAGACUAUAUGCCAGGUCUGCUUUCAAAUAUUCCCAAAUAAUGAACAAUUGGAGCAGCAUAUGGAUGUUCAUCUGUAUACGUGUGGAAUAUGUGGAGCAAAGUUUAACUUGAGGAAAGAUAUGAGAUCACAUUAUAAUGCCAAGCACUUGAAAAGAACCUGAGGGGUUUUCUCCUGUACGCAUGCUUAGUUGCUAGGCAGAACACCAAAGCAAAAGGGUAUGAGUUAUUUAGAAGCUGAUUUUAUAAGAAGUGUUGGGAAGAUUUCAAGGCCCUUUUACUUUAACAUUUUUGUUUAGAACCUUAAGUACAUUUUAGGCAUUAAAUGUUUAUCAUUUUUAUUGCUUUUGAGAGCAUUCUUGUUCCUAAUUUUCUUACCUACCAUUAAAAUUACUUUUCAAUGUAGACUAAGUGGCUGUUAUCCCUUCAAUAACUAUUAAACUAGGUUUUUUUUUAUCAAUAAGGUAAUAACUUCACUAUUUCUGUGUACUUUCAUUUUUAAGAUUAUCCUAUGAAAUUUUAAACCCAAGAUCAUUGACCAUUCCUGCUUAAAUUUUUAAAGAAUUUUUAAAUAACUAUUUAAAACUAUUCCUAUUCAUUUUUAGCUUGUUUUGUUUUUUGCUUUUUGAGUUUUUUUGUUUUUGCUUUUUGGCUUUUUGACAGUUGUAUAGUGGGGUGGCUACUGUUCAUUCUCCCUUAUCAAUGAAAUCUAUAUUCUUAAAUUGACAAACUUAUUAGGCAAGUGAGGUGCACUGAAUCUGACCUUUAAGGUUGACAUGGGCUCAAGCUUGGCCUGAGAUUGAUGGACCUAAGGAAAUUCCUAUAAAUGAGCAUUUCCUAUAAUUGAUAAAAUGUUAUCAUUUAGUAAUCACAUUUAAAACUUAUAUUAAGUGUAAAUCCCAAUGACUUUCCCUCACUUGAGAAAUUAGUGGGGAUAAGCCAUUUUGUUUUGUGAUAAUGAUUUUAACUAUGAUAGUUAAUUAAAAAGACAUCUUGUAUUCAUUAAAAUAUUUUAAUUUAAAAAUAUUCUGAUUUCUAAAGUGUGUUAGUUUAUCAAUUAUUUUGUUUAUAAAUAGACUUUAAUAGCUCUUUAGGAAUAUGACAUCUAAAGAAAAAUGAAUUUUCAUUUUUAAAAUUACUUUGGAACUGAGAUUUGAAAAAGCUGCCAUGUAUAUUGAUAAAUCUAAUAAAAUAAAGAAAUCAAUUAUAAA